AACAGUGCUGGGAUUUACUUUACCUUACUUGCAUGUGGAGUCCCUGGCAGAGAGGGCUACAGCUACUCAGUGCUGCUAUGGCUGCUAAGUCUCUGUCAUUACUUCACUGCCUUUAUUUCAUGCUUGUUCUUCUCCUUCUGCAUGGGGAGGGCCGUCAGAUGGUGAAUCCUCUCUGUGACCCUGCUUGUCCUGGGUCCUUGUCCCCAGAGCUGUCCUAUCAGAGAGGGGUGAGGUACACCUACAGGUACAGCACAGCCAUGUCCACCACCCUCCGCGGCGCCAACUCGGGAAGGAACGGUCUGGCCCUGGACUUUGUCGUCGACAUACAAACUAUCUCAAAGUGCCAUUUAAUGUUGAAGAUUAGAAAUUCACAGAUAAAGAGGAUCUCCUCCCAGAAGGAGCACUCUGUACUGCGUUUCAAGAGUCUGAGGGAGUCUCUGGAGGGGACGCGCCUCAAGUUCUCUCUCCGAAGGGGAAAGGUCACUGCACUGUGUCCACAGGAGGGCGAGCAGGUGUGGGCCAUGAACAUCAAGAGAGCUCUACUGAGUAUGCUCCAGACCUCCCACACAGCCUCCAAAGGGGAAACAGAGAAAGAGACUGAUGUCUAUGGUACCUGCCACAGCAGGUAUAAACAGAGAGGAUCUGUAUUGAUCAAGACAAGGGACCUGAAGGAAUGUCAACAGCCCCGACUGUCAGACUUCUGGUCCCAUUCUGUAUCGCUGACCGAGGAUACCACAGUUGACUCCAAGCUCCAAUGUGCUCAACGAAUGCAAAGGACCAAAGUGAUGGUGGAGGUCAACUGCACUGAAACGGUCUCAAUGGUAACUGGAAGAGCAGGACUGGUCACGACCCAGACUCUGUCCAAGCUCUCUCUGCUCAGAGCCCAGCCGGAGUCAGCGCCCGGGUCAGAUUCUGAAUCACUGGGACCGGGUGUGCUGACAGACCUGAUGUUUGACCAUGAGGGAGGACCACGUCGAAGCCCAUUGUCCACACGUCAGCAGGCCAGCGAAAGCAUCAACCUCUUAUGUGGUCUCACCCGGGAUCAGCAACAGAUGUCCCAACGCUUCCUUCAGCUGGUCUUCCAGUUGAAAGAUCUGUCUCUGUCUCAACUGAAGAUGCUCUGGCAAGAGUCUUCCUUCAACUGUCGCGAUGACUGGCAUCCGCUGCUGUCGGCCCUCCCAGCAUGUGGCUCGGAGAGCUGUGUGCUGCUGUUGACCGAGCUGAUGCAGAGAGGAGACCUGGAUCUGGACCGGGCUCAGUCCUACCUCACUAGCCUAGCCCUCAUCCCCCACCCGUCUCCCCUCAUCAUCAACUCAAUCAAUGCCCUGCUGGAGGCCCCAGAGCUGCGUCCCCGGGCCCUGCUGGCGGGCUCCUCAAUGGUCCAUGCUCUGUGUCGGAGGUCCGCUGGCCCAUGCACCAGUCUUCCUCAGGUCCAGAGCUUUGUGCAGACGUUGCAGGACAGCCUAGGCAGUGGAUGUGGAGGAAAGGAUCCGAGGAGAGUGUCAGAGCUCCUGUACAUACUGAAAGCUGUGGGGAACUCAGGCCUCUCGGCCCCGGCCCUGGUAGCAAUGCUGAGCCGCUGUGUGCUCGGCUCCUCAGAGGUCCCAGAACUGCAGCUCGCUGCCAUCCGCUCCUUCAGACGCAUGCCCUGUACUACUGAUCGCUCUGUGCUGUUGCAGCUGUAUCGCUCCUCCCAGGAGGACGCAGAGGUCCGGGUCGCUGCAUACCAGCAGCUCAUGCGCUGCCCUGAUCCACGCACGCUGCGGGCGGUCAGGGCGACCCUCGGCAACGAGAGCUCCAGCCAAGUUGGUUCCUUUGUGUGGAGUCACCUGACUGCGGUCCUAAAGAGUGAUGAUCCAAUAAAACAAACUCUAAUGGAGGCCCUACCUGAUGACAUCAUCAGCAAAGACUUUGAAGCGGAGUUCUGGAAAUAUUCGUCCUAUUCUGACUACACUGUUGCCACAGGCAUGGGCAUUGCAAACCUAGAAGGGUCACUGAUUUUCUCAACCAAAUCCUUCCUCCCGCGCUCUGCCAUGGCUAACCUGACGGUGUAUCUUCAUGGCAGAGCACAUAACCUUCUGGAAGUAGACCUUCGAGUUGAGAACGUAGAACCAAUCCUGAAGAACCUGCUGGGUCGUCCGCCCCGCGGCUCUGAGAGGGAACCCGCCGGGGGGACCAGAGGGCAUUCGCAGUCGAAGAACGGGGAAGGCAAAAGAAGAAGAGAUGGUGGAGAAGGCGAUGAUGGCGCGGAAAAUGAAGCUUGUUCCUCCAGCAUCAGCAGCUAUCUAGACCGAGCCAAGGCCAUGUGGACUGGUGGCCGGAGAGUCAGUGAGGGCUCUCCCAGGUGUUGGGUCGGCGUGAAGGUGUUUGGAAACGAGAUCAGUGUGUUCACCUGCGACGACCUCCACACCCAGUUCAACCAGCUGUCCAUGACGGUGGCAGGGCUGGCCGUCAGGCUGCUCAAGGGCCAGGAAGUCAAGCUCAGCCACCGGGCAGUUCUGAUGGCGGAGGAGUUGGUGAUACCGUCUCUGUCGGGGAUGCCCAUCCGCCUAGCCCUCAACAUGACCUCCCUGCUCUCGGUGCGGCUGAAGGGCAGCGGGAACUACAGAGACCCCAGCCACCUCUCUCUGGCGGGCUUCAUUAAGCCAAAGUAACUCAAUAAAAACAAGUCAGAGUGCAGGAACUGCUCGCAAACACCAAUGUUGCGGCCAAACGUGAAUAAACGACACACUUCACCAAUGGCGCAUCUCAGCUAUAAUAUUGCUAGUUUAACACUUUGAUGAAAUAAACAUCAUUCUGGUGCCUUCAUAAAACCUGACAUUGACUAUAAGCCGUUUUCAGAAAUGUCCUCCGCAUUUGUAAGCAUUUUAACACCAGGAGAGAGGGUGAUUCCGACUUGAUGCUAUAUAUGCGGACAUCAGUGUCGUUCAGAUAUCAGUAGAAUCUCCGGGUGGUUUAGGGGGGUGGGCUUACAAGGGCCGGGAUAUGACGUAGGGUCUAAGUUCGUAAGAGGCAGGGUAAGGGUGACUGCUGUCAAUGUAGUUUGUUUUGGUUUGACCACAGACAGCAUGGAGAAUCGAGAGACCAAUUUUUACAACAAACACUGGGUCAAAAUGUAGUUUAUUUCUGUGUUUAACUGAGAGAACA